UCGUGAUAUCUCCAAUGUCACACCGUCGAGCAGGUUUCAAGGUCGGGCCCGACAAUCUACCCGAUGGAUUCCGUCCACGCAUCGUUGCUAACCGUUUCACAGUUCAAGCCAUAAAACGGAAGUUGAUCGAACGAUCCAAGAUCAAACGACAGUUCUUCAAGUCCCAGGCAAAUGCCGAGCCACAACCUCCGACUAUUCCGUCGUAUUCUCCCGAGCCAUCGCCGGGGAGCGGACACGAGAUUGAUCCGGCCCCCUUACAUCCAGACCGACAGCGAUUGCUGGAUGGGUCAUCUGGGCCCUCUCAGCGCGCGAAGGAGCCGAACUCAGUUGCUGAACCACCGGCCAUGUCUCGCAAGGAUCGCGAACAGGAGAAACAGAAGAAGUUGCAAGAUCGUGCUCGCCACCAGAAAGCCAUGCUGAAAGCACGCGGUGGCAUCCAUAGCGUCGAUCGUCGACAGAAGAAACUCGGGAAGGAGGCGCCGUUAUUGCUGGAAAAGGCAAGGCGGCUAAUGAACAGCGGAUGA